AUGGACCAAACCCUGGGCAGCUCCUUCCUGUGCGGCCAAUGUGGGACCCACAAUCGGCUGAACUCGUCAAACCUCUGCCUCAGGUGCCGCCGCCUUAUCCCCGACAUAACGGCUCCCGUCCCGAAGCACGUGGACCUCGCCUACUGCCAUCUGUGCGACAGCUACAAGCACCCGCCCUCGUGGACCCCCACCAAGCUCCAGCCCAACGAGCUCCUCUCUUUCCUUGUCAAGAACCUGCGCGGCCCAGCCGGGGCCCGCCUGGUCCACUCGGAGUUCAUCUGGGCUGACGACCCACCGCGCCGCAUAUCCGUUCGGGUCAGAGUCACCUUCCGCAUGGAAGGCCUCGACGGGGUAACCGUGCAGGCCUGCACUAUCGUCUACGAAGUCCACGAGGAACCGUGCUGGACCUGCCUCCUGGCCCGACUCGACCAAAAUGGGCUAUCGGGCCUUGUGCACGUAACCUCUCAAAGCCCAAAAACCCUGCUCUCGUUAGAGCCUCUGCUCGACGCGGAGCGUCUCGCAGCCUCAGUUGAGCGUUUGGAAGGCCGCGCGACGUUUUCAUUCGAGAAACGGGCCGAUGCGCAGGACCUUGUGGCCCACCUGCAACGGUCGGCACUCGCCCGGGUUGUCCGAGACGAGCUUUACGUGUCCCCAGUCGAAAUUCCAAAAACGCCCCUCCAAGCAUACGCGGCUUCGGUCGAGGUAAGCCCGAUUCGGGUGGGGGAUCUCGUCUGCCUGCCGACUAGGACUUCGGCCCAUCUCGGGAAUCUCGGCCCGUUUGUGAUCUGCGAUGAUGUGGGUGGGGAUUCGGUGGCUUUUCUCGAUCCGCUCGACUCGAGGCGGGGCUUCUUAGACACGGACAAGUACUGGAGAUUUCCGUUCCGGGCCGUGAUGUCGAGAGAGGAUCUCGUGGAGUAUGUGGUUUUGGAUGUGGAGGAUGUGUUUAUCGACUACGGGUCGAAGAAGUAUGUGGGGGAAGUCCGUGUGGCGCCUGUUUCGGGUUGGGGAGAAAUCGAGAUGAGCUUUGAUGUGAAGACACAUUUGGGGAAUGAUUUGGAGGAGGGGGAUUAUGUGCUCGGUUACGAUUUGCUUGAGGCGGGUAUUUUGGAUAGGUAUAGAGGUUUUGAUGUCCCGAAUGUCCCGAAUGUCGUGCUUGUGAAAAAGAGCGAUCGGGUAGAGGAGAACAACCCGGAAGAGGAAGAGGAAGAGGAAGAUGAAGAUAAGAUUGAUCUGGUAGAGGAGAACAAACCGGAAGAGGAAGAUGAAGGUGAAGGUGAAGGUGAAGGUAAGGAUUUGUGA